ACUAAGACUUAAUUUGAAGAAGUUUGAAUGUCUGUCUGCAUUCAUUAAAAAGAAAUAUAUUUAUUUUAUUUUUUCAAUUUUCACUUUUCUUUAUACUCACAUAUGCAUUAAACAAAACGAAACAGUGAAAACGGACAGCUAUAAAUAUUACACACUGUGAAGAACUGUUAGUAAAGGUGUUGAACCCAUGGCUACUGCAAGAACAGCAAACCCGUCAGCAAUGAUUGGAUUGAACAAGCCAGCAAAUGGGCAGCUCAGGGGACAAACCAAGCCAGCUGGACAACAGUUAGGACUUUCAACUAUCCAACAGCCAAGUGCCCCCCAGAAAAGGACCAGCAUUCCUCAGAGCAGUGGAGGCAUCAAGUUUGGUGAUGACUGGAAGAAGUGCCUGGAGCUUCCUCCAAAAGACAACAGGGUGAAAACUACGGAUGUGACAUCAACAAAAGGGAAUGAAUUUGAAGACUACUGCCUAAAGCGAGAACUUCUGAUGGGGAUCUUUGAAAUGGGAUGGGAGAAACCCUCCCCAAUUCAGGAGGAAAGCCUCCCUAUUGCUCUAUCAGGUAGAGAUAUUUUGGCUCGGGCCAAGAAUGGUACAGGAAAAAGUGGAGCAUACCUCAUCCCUCUCCUCGAGCGGAUAGAUCUGAAGAAGGAUCACAUACAGGCUAUGGUGGUAAUACCAACAAGAGAACUGGCCCUGCAGGUGAGCCAGAUCAGCAUUCAGCUCAGCAAACACCUUGGAGGGGUCAAGGUUAUGGCUACCACAGGUGGAACCAACUUAAGAGAUGACAUUUUGCGUCUGGAUGAGAAAGUUCAUGUGGUUAUUGCAACUCCAGGCAGAAUACUUGAUCUGAUCAAGAAGGGUGUGGCAAAAGUGGAUAAGAUCCAAAUGAUGGUGAUGGAUGAAGCAGACAAGUUGCUUUCUCAGGACUUUGUAGUCCUGAUUGAAGAUAUUAUCAGCUUCAUGCCAAAGGAUCGUCAGAUUCUCCUUUACUCUGCCACUUUCCCCAUCAGUGUGCAAAAAUUCAUGAAUAAGCACUUGCAGAAACCCUAUGAAAUCAACCUGAUGGAGGAACUCACAUUGAAGGGCAUCACUCAGUAUUAUGCCUAUGUCACUGAACGACAGAAAGUCCACUGCCUAAACACACUUUUUUCCAGGCUCCAGAUCAAUCAGUCGAUCAUCUUCUGUAACUCUACUCAGAGAGUGGAGCUUCUGGCAAAGAAAAUCACCCAAUUAGGCUAUUCAUGCUUCUACAUUCAUGCAAAGAUGAUGCAGGAGUACAGGAACCGUGUGUUCCAUGACUUUAGAAAUGGACUGUGCAGAAAUCUGGUGUGCACAGACCUGUUCACUCGAGGAAUUGACAUCCAGGCAGUAAAUGUAGUCAUUAAUUUUGACUUCCCCAAAAGUGCAGAGACCUACCUUCAUCGUAUUGGCCGAUCAGGACGGUUCGGUCACCUUGGUCUGGCCAUCAAUCUGAUAACUUCAGAUGAUCGCUACAACCUGAAGACGAUAGAGGAUCAACUGAUCACUGACAUAAAGCCCAUACCAAGCAGCAUCGAUAAGAGCUUGUAUGUGGCAGAGUUUCACUCUGUUGACCCAGAUGAUGAAGGCGUGAAUAACAAGGAACUAGGAGCAUCCUGAGGGAAAGGAGAAUUGCAACACCUGUCGUGCAGGAUUGGGUGCAGAUCUCAUGAGACUUCGGUGAAGAGUUUUUUUUCUUUUUUUUUUUUUUUUUUCUCUUAAUAAAAUGAUCUAUUGAAGAUCUUUCUUUCUCAGGUUGAAUGUACAGGUAUCUCCAUUUUUGCUGGUACAUAAGCUAAUACUGAUUUCUCCUCCACUGAAAACUGCCACAUUGCUGUUAUGUUGACUCUAAAAUUGACCAGAGUAGAACAUAAGCAUUUUGACUAUACAUGGAAAUUAAGUCGUUUGUUUGCAAUGUUGUAAAUGUUAAACCAAAAGUGGAUUUUAAGGAGUGUUGACAAUUAGACACAUUAGCUAUGCUGACACCUUGCUGAAGCCUAAAAUAGACAUGCACUCAGUCUUCUUAACACAGGAUUGAACCUUUAUACUGUUUAUUUCAGAACAGCCUGAGCUCCUUAUUACAAGGAUUCAACCUUUUUUCUGAACAUCCGAUAUGUGUAACACAUUAUUGAUCCAGAUUUUUUUUUAACUAAUAAAAUGCUGGGUUAACCUUCUGUUCCUGUGGAAACUAAGGUAGUGCAUUGGACAUAUAGGGAUAUUUGCAAUGUCUUCUUACUCUAUUCUCAUAAUUAAAAGGGAUUGUAUCUUGUUAAAGCUUAGUACUGAAAAAAAUAGCAAGCCAUUUUUUCAAAAGGCUUUUUGGUUCUUUUAUAGUCAUAGGGCAAUAGUUUUCAGGUUUUGGUUACUAUUAAAUACCAUGGCAUGAUGAAACCAGUUAGCUUAGACCCAAGCCCAGUUCUUGCCCUUCCCCUAACUGUUUUUUUUUUUUCUUUUUUUAAAUCCUGGUACGUCUAGAGGGUGUCCCUUUUGCAUUGGGAAUUGUGGAUUAGUAUUAGUAAUCAUCUGGCCAUCCACAUGGCCCCUUGCCUUCCAUUUAAAAGACUACACAUUGACUAUCCCUUGAUUCCAUAGGGACAGAAGUGCAAUAACCUAACAAAUAGAAUGCAAAAUGGGGGUUAGGGCUUAAGUGAGGAACUACAAUAUGAUCUACAUAAAUAUUGUGUCCCUUCUUUCCCACUAAGUGCCUUAGACUAAUAUCAAGCUUCUAGUUUGCCUGCACCUCUAGUCAAAAUUUGGUUGUACUUGUAAUAUAAACGUUUAUUAAAUGUAAACAGUUUUCCCAAAGAUAUUUGGUAAGGCCUCAAAUGUGUUAACAUCAAAACAUGGUCUUGAAAUAUUUAUAUAAAAGUUUGAAUCCUAAUGCUGAAGGUUUCAUUCCAUUGUCUCUGCCCUUCAUUUCGCCUUGGCAGGAGAUGGUUACUCAUGGUGUCCUUUUCUGAAGUUAACCGCAUACCUAUAUGUCCUGAUGAGCAGACAUUAAGAUGAAAACAAACUGAUUUUCUAUUAUGUUCGUCUCUAUGGUUAAGCCAAAUUAAAGUUCAGCUGCCAGAC